UAGGAAAGUGCAGUUUUCGUACUUACACCGAAUAGUUGUAUCUUUUACGAACAGUGUCGGUGUUGACUAAUAAAAAGUGUUGCGUCAUGACAGAAUCGUGAUUCUCUCACUGACAACCAAAAUACAAUAAAAAUUGCGAAUAGCGAAUUACGGCGAGUAUAGUAAGCAUUUCUUUGGUUCGCGUUUCAUUCGAUCGUCGCCUAAGUGUUGGGAGCUGAUGUUUAUUGUGAACCGCGUCAAAACAUACGAGCAAUGAGUAGUGUGAGGUUGAGUCUAGUGUCUGUGGGGAGAUUGGCCGUCGGGAGAAAUUGCAAGUUGACAUCAGCCGUCCAAACAUGCCGUUCCCUACGGCGUUCGAGCGCGAGAUGUCUCAGCACAAGCAACACGCUUUGCAAGAGCACAGAGCAGCCCCCCGGUCCGCACCCGCCAAAGGAGGCUGUCAGUUCUGACGGCACCUCAGGCGGCAAAAAAGGCGGCUCCGGCGUCCUUACCUGCCCAAAAUGCGGCGACCCGUGCACCCACGUCGAGACCUUCGUCAGUUCCACACGCUUCGUCAAAUGCGACAAGUGUCACCACUUCUUCGUCGUGCUGAGCGAAGUGGACACGAAGAAGAGCAUCAAAGAUAAUGCUGAGAAUAAGUCCGGGUUCUACAGAAAACCGCCACCGCCUCCAAAAAAGAUCUUCGAAUACCUUAACAAACAUGUCGUCGGCCAAGAAUACGCAAAGAAAGUGCUCUCCGUCGCCGUAUACAACCACUACAAACGCAUAUACAACAACGUCACCAGCGGCACUCCUAGCGACGCACAUCAUCCCUUACACCACACGCACAGAGAUCUCCUGCAUCUAAGUCACGGCAACCAGACCGGCGGAGCUGAUGUCCUGGAGAGACAACACCAUGAACUGAGACUAGACAAGAGCAACGUACUCCUUUUGGGGCCUACUGGCUGCGGCAAAACUCUCCUCGCCCAAACGAUAGCGCAAUGCCUCGACGUACCGUUCGCGAUAUGCGAUUGCACCACCCUCACGCAGGCCGGUUACGUCGGAGAAGAUAUCGAGAGCGUCAUCGCCAAAUUACUCCAAGACGCCAAUUUCAAUGUGGAGCGAGCGCAAACCGGCAUCGUGUUCCUGGACGAGGUGGACAAGAUCGGCGCCGUGCCCGGCAUACACCAACUCAGGGACGUCGGGGGCGAAGGCGUCCAGCAGGGCAUGCUCAAAAUGCUGGAAGGUGCUGUAGUGUCCGUCCCCGAGAGGAACUCGCGCAAGCUGAGGGGAGACGCGGUGCAGGUGGACACCACCAACAUCCUGUUCGUGGCCAGCGGCGCCUACAACGGGCUCGACAGGCUGGUCCAGCGGCGGAACAACGAGAAGUACCUCGGCUUCGGCGCCUGGGACGCCAGGUCGGGCCGCCGCGCCGCGCUGCAGGCAGCGGCUGCUGACGCGUCUCCGCUGGAUUCAGCAGCUUUGGAAAACGAGGAACGCGACGGCUGGCUGCGCAAGGUGCAGGCUCGGGACCUCAUCGACUUCGGCAUGAUCCCGGAGUUCGUAGGCAGGUUCCCGGUGCUGGUGCCGUUCCACUCCCUCAACCAAGAUCUGCUCGUCAGGAUACUCACCGAGCCUAAGAAUGCUAUGGUGAACCAAUACAAGCUGCUGUUCGCGAUGGACAAGUGCGAGCUGACGUUCAGCGAGGACGCGCUGCGCGCCGUGGCCGCGCUGGCCAUGGAGCGCAAGACCGGCGCGCGCGGCCUGCGCGCCAUCAUGGAAUCGCUCCUCCUUGAAGUGAUGUUCGAGAUCCCGGGGUCGGACAUCGGCGCCGUGCACAUCGCCGAGGGCUGCGUGCUGCGCGCCGAGCCGCCGCUGCGGUCCCGGAGGCAGCCCGCGCGCGCGCAGCGGGACGCCUGGCCCGAGGUGAACGAAUACACCGCCGAACCGAACAAUACUAAUUGCUUUUGGUCCUCACAAAAUGGAUUUUAACGACCAUCG